AUGGCCGUUGCUGAUGGAGAUUCCUGCGCUCAUGAUGUGGUGUUUGCCGGAAUGUGCUGCCAGUGCCACCGCAACGUGUCCAGCCUUGCCGAGAACAUGGCCAGGCAGCGUCCGGGCUUUCUCACAACAUCCUUGGAUCUGCAAGUGUCUGCAUCUCUCCUGUCGAGCCUAGAUGCUGCCGAGCAACUGCGUCGGGCUUCCCAAAAGAAGCUGGUGCUUAUCAUUGACCUGGACCACACCCUUGUGACGGCUGACGUACGUGACAUACGGAAUGCCUCUGCAGGGCUGCGGGUUCGAAAGCGUCCCGGCGUAGACGGCUUCCUCCAGGGCAUGAAGGAUACCUGCGACAUGUACGUCUACACGCAAGCUACUGGUGCCUACGCGCAGAGGGUCCUGCAGAUCCUCGACCCAAGAAGCAGUUUUUUCGGAGAUCCGCCGCGGAUUUUCCAUCGAGGCAACACUCCCCAAGGCCUGAAGGACUUGGCACAGAUCUUGCCGAACGACGCCUCCCAUGCCUUGGUUGUGGACGACCGCGAGGAGGUUUGGCCUUCAGCAGUUCGCGAGUCACAGCUCCUGAAGGUCGUGCCCUACUUGCCGUUUCCUGGGGAUGCCCGUCAAAGCGUGGACUUCGAGGGUUUCCUUACGGGGUCCAACCGGGCAAGGGAGCCGCCACGGACAGAGGAGGACACCAAGCGCCAGAAGAUCGAGGAGCCCGUGGCCUUCUGUGACUUGGAUUGGCCUGGGCGCACGAGAGACGACCAGUUCGAGCACCUGGGCGACAUCCUGCGCAAGUUGCACGAGGCGGUCUUCCCUGCCACGGAUGACGGACAGGGUGGCAGUGUGGCCUCGACGCUGCCCGUGCUGAGGCGGAAGACGCUUCAGGGCUGCCGCCUCUGCCUCACCGGCUUCUGCGGAGCAGCCUCCGAGGUGCCGAAAGGCUCCAAUAAGAGUCUCUUAGGACUGGGGGCGGUGAUGGUGAGAACUCCGGAUGAUGCGACGCACGUGGUGGCCGCAAGGCGGACUGAGAAGUGGGCCAGGGCACAAGCUCUGCAGCGUGAAGGCCGAGUGUUCCUGGUUCACCCCGGAUGGCUGCUCUACGCCGCGGUCACGUGGCAGAGGCCCUGCGAACUCAAGCCCUCGGAUUGCCAAGUACUCUUUCCCAUUUGGCUGCUUCUAAGUCUUACACCAUGA